AUGUCGGACGGCGGAGAGCCAACAGUGAGCAAGAAUAAGCAGCAUAGGAAGGAGAAACUGAGUGCCUGUCUAGAUUCAGAUUGGGACUUCACAAUAACCCAGUGUUGCAGUUGGAAGAUUGACCCAUUUCAACCAUCGGACAACAAAGGUGGAACACUAACCGAGGAAUCGUCCUUCGCCACAUUAUUCCCAAAGUACCGCGAAAAAUAUCUGCGCGAGAUCUGGGGCGCAGUUACGAAGGCAUUGGAUGCCCAUGGUGUUGCAUGUACCCUGGAUCUUGUACACGGCUCCAUGUCAGUACGAACGACACGAAAAACCUACGACCCAUACAUCGUCCUCAAAGCACGCGACAUGAUGAAGCUAAUGGCGCGUGGCGUGGCGGUUAACCAAGCCGUCAAGGUUCUACAAGACGACACUUCCUGCGACAUCAUUAAGAUUGGGAACUUGGUCCGGAAUAAGGAACGAUUCGUGAAGCGGAGACAGAGGAUAAUUGGGCCUGAUGGAAGUACUCUUAAGGCUAUCGAACUUUUAACAAAUUGCUACGUCCUCGUACAAGGCAACACCGUCAGCGUAAUGGGCCCACAUAGGUCUCUCAAAGAAGUUCGCAGAAUUGUGCUAGAUUGCAUGAAGAAUAUUCAUCCUAUCUAUCGAAUAAAGGAACUGAUGAUCCGCCGCGAACUCGCCAAGGAUCCGAAACUUGCAAACGAGUCCUGGGACCGAUUCCUUCCUCAAUUCCGGAAACGCCACCUGAAGACGUCAGAAAAGACAGCGAAGAAGAUCGAAAAGAUCGAACAGAAGCUGGAGGCUCGCAAGGCUGCCGGCUUAGAGACUACGAAGGAGGAGCUGCUGCGGGAGACAGCGACGAAGAAGAAGGUUUAUACGCCCUUCCCGCCUGCUCAGCAACCACGGAAGAUUGACUUACAAUUGGAAUCUGGAGAAUACUUCCUUAAGGCGUCGGAGAAGGCAGCUCGCGAAGCAGAAAAGAAAAAACAAAAGCAAGCAGAGACGACAGAGAAACGCCGUGCAGAGCGUGCCGAAGCUUUCGUCGCGCCUACAGAGCAGGCAGAGCCAACUGUUGAAGAAAAGCGGAGGAAGAAGAAACGUGCGGCCAUGGAAUCCGAGAUGGACGCUGAGGAGCCAGAAGGUCUUGAGAAGUCAAAGAAGAAGAAGCGGCGGGUGAAAGAGGGCGAGGAGGACAGUGGUUCAUGA